AUGUAUAUAUAUCCAGUCCUUCUUUCACCUCGUGAGAGUAAGGUUUUCUCUCAAGGUUUCCUGUGGAAAUCUUUGAGAUCUUCUCUCGGACUUAGGUCUGUGGAGAUGGAGGAUGGUGUUUUAUCAUCCCUCUACGAGGGACUGAAAUUAACAGAUGAGGAAAAACAAGAGAUUGAGGUUAGCACUGAAGAAAUAUCGUUAUCAACUUCAAAAAGCAAGCUAUGCAUAAUGGUUUGUCUGAUUUCUGAUAAGGAGACAAACAGAGGAGCUCUCAUGGGUACGCUGCCUAAGAUAUGGAAUGCAGAGGGGAAAAUUGUUUUUAAAGAGGUUGGAAGAAAUAAGUUCUUGGUGGAGUUUAAAUCGAGGUCGGAUAAAAUAAGAGUGUUGAAUGGUCGGCCAUGGUCCUUUGACAAGAGCCUGCUGUGUAUCCAGGACUGUGAAGGUGCCAAGUCCAUUAAGGAAAUGCAGUUCUGUUUUGAACCCUUCUGGAUUCAGUGUCAUGACAUGCCAUUCGCAGGUAUGACUGCGAGUAUGGGGCAGAAGCUGGGAAGCUCCCUGGGGAAGGUUCUUAUGGUGGAUACGGAUGGCAGUGAAACCUGCUGGGGCAAGUUCUUACGUGUGAAGGUAAUGCUAGACAUAACCAAACCACUUGCUAGAGGCAGGUUUAUUUCUCAGGAUGGUGAAAAGUUCUGGAUUCCUUUUAAAUAUGAAAGAAUGGCCAACUUUUGUUAUCACUGUGGGUCCAUAAAACAUGGACAUGGAACUUGCGAAAACAUAGAGAAGGGGCUGCAUGUGGGGGCUAGUCUCGGGCAGCAGUAUGGUGCGUGGCUGAGGGCUAGUAACAAAAAGCAAGUCAAGUCGGCAGGCAAGGUGAGGAAGAUGACAGAUGACGGUGGAUCAUCGGAGAGUGGUCGGAGGGUGUCCUCAGAUGAGUCCACUAAAGAAGAUGACAAUUAUGGAAAGGUACCAGAGGCAGUUAGGCAGCAGGCAGGCAGCCAAUCAUUGCACACGCAUGAGGAGGCUGCACCUGUCAGUGCUAGGAGGAAAGUUGUCGAGGCAGUGGAAUCAGUGAUGCAGGAGGGGGGACAGUCGCCAACAAUUCUGUUAGAGGAAUCCCAGCUGGGCCCAGUGGUAGUGGAGGAAUCUAAAAAGGAAAGGAAGGUACCAAGCAGUGGGCAUAGCUGGAAAAGAAGAGCACGUGAGGCCAGAAUAUCACCAACUAAUCAAGGAUUAGAGGAAGAAAUUAUAGUGACUAAGCACAACCAUUCAAGUAAAAGGAAAGCUCAAGAAAUUUAUGAAGGUGGAGUGGAAAAAAGAAGUAAGCUAACCCUUGUAGAUGAGGAAGGGGAUGAACUCUCUAUGGCAGUGGCUGUUGAGCAGCCCUGCCAGCUACUAUGA